AUGGAUUUUAAUGGCAUGCGAGAUCUUCAGUCUGAGAAAAAAAUCUGGGCAGGCCAUUGUUGCAUCUCUAGGCUUUGGCUUGGUGCAAGUGUCACGACAGACAAAGUCCUGCAUUUAGACAUGAUCAUGAUGGAUUCCAAGGGAAAUGAUAUAUGGGUCCACAUCCCACCGGUGUUGCAAGAGCAUUUCAAUGCACUGCUGCAGGAGCAAGAAGUUUACAUCAUCAAGGACUACGAAAUUCACACGACCCAACUCAAAUAUCUCCCUAUUGCCAAUUCAUAUAUCAUGACUUUUAAUCGGAUGACUACUGUCCAACGUGUUCCUGACAUCCCUUCCAUUCCUGCCUCCAAGUUCAGUUUCACUAAAGCAAGUGAGAUGAAAGAUAAAUUGGGACAAAUCAUCAUCCUCUCAGAUGUUGUUGGCGAAUUGGUGAAGCACUCGAAUCUCCUAAUCACAACCAAUCUUUCUCGAAAAACCACUAGAAAAGAACUUGAGCUGAAACUGAUUGAAGGUGAUGUUGUGAAAGUUGUUAUCUGGGGUAGAAUUGUAACUGAAUUUGAUAAAAUAGUCAAACCUGCUGGUGAUCAACCAAUAAUUCUGGUAGUCACUGCUGUUUCUGUGAAUCUAUUCAAGAGUCAACUUUCCUUUUCUUCUUCUGGGCUUUCACAACAAGAGAUGUACAACCAGAGCAGCCCCUGUAUGUUGAGCUGCCCCCACCUGCCCCCAUUCCUGCACUUUCUCUGCCUGAAUUGCUGGGAUUACAUGUGGAUCCGGACAGCGAGGAAUGUGUUUAUUUGGUUACUUGCAAAAACUGGUCAAAACUACGAAGAACCCCCUGCAGAUCUGCUCAAAGUAGUUGGUGUCACCAAGUUGUUCCAUGUGAAGUUCAAGCCAAAUCUAUAUAGUAAUGCUCAACCCGAUUUCACAGUGUUAAAAAUUUUGGAGCCUGAAGCAACGUGUUCGGACUCUAAUCUGCACAAAGACAGCUCCUCCUCAUCACUCAGUAGUGGCCUUGAGUCCUCCCAAACUUCAUCUGACCAAUCCAUCCCCAUUUCAACAGCCGAAGAUUCUGGGUCUAUGCCUCCUGACAACAAACUCAAACGAAAGAUGCCUUUGGCGUGA